UUUACAUAGAGCGUGCUGGUGUGUCAUAGUGCUGCAGAGAGGCAGCGAUACGCGGUGAGUUAUGCCGGCCUCGUCGCUUGAUGUCAACCAGGCUAAAGACAGGAUGAAGGCGGACUCCGAAUCCCUCUGACUGUGGCAUCAACCGUUCAUUCAGUAAAAUCUGCCCAUUGUCAACAUGGCAGAGCAAUGGUCCGCAGUGCCCACUUCUAAUAUGGCGGCGCUGAACCGGGCUCGAUCAUUGACUGUGAUUUUCUUAAUGGUCAGCGGUUAUGUGAUCGGCUGCGCGGACGGCAAAGACGCGUCGGACGAGACUGUCAUCAUCGGCAUCCGACUCGAGGAAACAGACGAGGUGUCUUUUAUGGACAGCGGUUAUCUGCGCGUCAGCGAACGAUCUUGUGUCAGGUUAAGAGUCUACGGGCAAAACAUUAACAACGAGACGUGGUCCAAACUCGCUUUCACGGAACACGAGCGCUCGAGUGACAGCGGCGCACCUGCGGAGACUUUCGGGGACGCACCUGCCCCUCGUCCCUGUGGCAUCCGAUCCUCGGACAUCAUCGUUCUUCCCAACAUGGAAGUGAAUCGAAAGACUUCUGGGACAGUUAAAAUACAGGUGAAACCGCUGCGAAAAACAGAAAAGAGUAAAUUGUAUUACCUGUGCACCGCCACGCCUGUACCUGCCUCACCUGGCGCGCAGGACCUGUGGUCAGAAAGCACAUGGGUUUAUCACGACGGGCAUGACACGAAAGUUCUCGUGGUGGAGGAGAAAAAGUUUCUGCUGCCUUUCUGGCUGCAGGUGAUUUUUAUUGGCAUGCUGCUGUGUUUGUCAGGUAUGUUCAGCGGGCUGAAUCUGGGACUGAUGGCGUUGGAUCCCAUGGAGCUCCGGAUAAUCCAGAACUGCGGCACGGAGAAAGAGAAAACGUACGCGAAGAAAAUCGAGCCAGUGCGCAGCCAAGGAAACUACCUGCUUUGCUCUUUACUCUUGGGAAACGUUUUGGUCAAUACCACUUUGACUAUACUGCUCGAUGACAUUGCUGGUUCAGGUCUUAUUGCUGUAGUGGUGUCCACUAUAGGAAUUGUGAUAUUUGGAGAAAUUGUGCCCCAAGCUAUUUGCUCCAGGCAUGGGCUCGCUGUAGGUGCAAACACAAUAUUCCUCACAAAGUUUUUCAUGAUUCUUACCUUUCCUGCGUCUUUUCCAGUCAGCAAACUGUUGGACCAUGUCCUGGGUCAGGAGAUAGGCACCGUGUACAACAGGGAGAAACUUCUGGAGAUGCUCAGAGUGACGGAUCCGUAUAAUGAUUUGGUAAAGGAAGAGCUGAACAUCAUCCAGGGCGCUCUGGAGCUCAGGACUAAAACCGUUGAGGAUGUCAUGACACCUCUGAGAGACUGCUUCAUGAUCGCCAGCGAUGCCAUCUUGGACUUUAGCACCAUGUCUGAGAUCAUGGAGAGCGGCUACACGCGCAUACCAGUGUACGAGGGGGAGAAAUGUCAUAUCGUGGACCUGUUGUUUGUGAAGGACUUGGCCUUUGUGGAUCCAGAUGACUGCACUCCUUUGAAAACCAUCACCAAGUUCUACAGUCACCCUCUGCAUUUUGUUUUCAAUGACACGAAGCUGGACGCCAUGCUCGAGGAGUUUAAGAAAGGUAAAUCCCAUCUGGCCAUUGUCCAAAGAGUGAAUAAUGAAGGGGAGGGAGAUCCAUUCUAUGAAGUUCUGGGCAUCGUCACACUUGAGGACGUUAUUGAAGAAAUCAUCAAAUCUGAGAUUCUAGAUGAGACUGAUUUGUACACUGACAAUAAGACAAAAAAAAGGAUCGCUCACAGAGAGAGGAAACAGGACUUCUCAGCUUUCAAGCCCACCGAUAAUGAGUUGCGGAUGAAAAUAUCACCUCAGCUUUUGCUGGCCACGCUGCGUUUUUUGGCAACAGAAGUGGAGCCUUUUGGUCCAGCUCAGAUGUCUGAGAAGAUCCUCCUGCGUCUGCUGAAACAUCCGAACGUCAUCCAGGAGCUCAAGUACAACGACAAGAACAAGAAAAUGUCAGAGCACUACCUCUUUCACCGUAACAAGCCUGUGGAAUACUUCAUCCUCAUCUUGCAGGGGAAAGUGGAGGUAGAGGCUGGAAAGGAAGGAAUGAAGUUUGAAGCUGGUGCCUUCUCAUAUUAUGGAGUUCUGUCUCUAACAUCCCCACCAGUUCCUCUCUCAUUGUCCCGAACCUUUGCUGUGAGCAGGGCUGAAUCUCUGGCAGGAUCUCCAGAAAAUAAGUCACCUCCACGACCAUUUGGACUCAACCACUCAGACUCCCUAAACAGGAGUGACCGGAUAGAAGCGGUCACUCCCACGCUGGGCAGCAGCAACAACCAGCUCAACUCAUUCCUGCAGGUCUAUGUGCCAGACUACUCUGUGAGAGCCGCAUCUGACCUGCUUUACAUCAAGGUGACCCGCCAACAAUAUCAGAACGCCCUGAUGGCGUCCCGCUUGGACAAGACACCUCAGUCCACCGACAGCGAGUUCACCAAGAUCGAGUUGACUUUCACCGAACAUCAGGAUGGACCGCUAGACGAGUCGUCCACUCUUCUCAUUCUGCAACAGAGCGCCAACAAUUCACACAAACCCAACCACACUGCCCACCACGACGGGGCUAUUUAACCACCCUCGGGCAGAGUGAGGGACGAGAAACGAGGGAGAGAGAUGGUGAGAGAUCGUGCAUCGUCUGUUAACCUCUCCCUUUCCACGUAGUCAGCGAGAGGCAUUUUCGUACACUUGGCAGCUUAACUUUGACGCCAUGGCGAUUUCAAGGGGAUCGGAACGGACUCGAAGACUACACAAUGUGAAGGACCGUGUAUUCCACAAUGCAUGCACUAAUGACCUUAACAUGUUUCGUAGGCAGCGGAUCAGUCAGGGACCACAUCAUUUUGCUCACUCAUCUACGGACGGAGGCUUCACGCUCAUGCUGCCCGUCACUCUUGGCCAACAUCCGGGAGAUACGGGGACCGUGGCUACAGCACACUUGAAGUACACGCUCUGUCUCACACACUUUCACUUUCUGUUCAAAGAGAGCUGCGUAGGAACGAAGACCCACAUCACAACUCGACCAGACAAGAGAAGGUCAAAGAAAUAAUUGUGCCUUUAGAUAGAGCUGAAGUACGGAGAUAUGGAGGCCUCUGAGGACCCGGGCGACACGACGCUGGAAGCCUGAGAAGAUGCGGCCAUAGAAAAGAAAGCAGAUGAGACUUAAAGCGCUAGCAAACACUCUUUUCCAUAGAAGCAUAUGACGCCGAGAAAGCAGUAGUCAGGAUGCAUAUUAGCCUAUCAGACGACCAGAACUGAACGGCCUCAUGACCAAAGACAUUUGACAUUGGGCAUAAAAUUGUGGUUCACUGUGGAUCUUUAGAGAUAACAGAUCUUUUAGAGGUAACUAAUCUAAGCUAUUUCGAAUAUGGGAACUCCACAGCAGCUUCGGACACGAAAUGCAUAAGCAGGCGAAACCGCGUUUGUCUGGAUUGUGCCAAAUGAUACAAUUUUCUACAGCAAUUUCUUCUGCCCACCCAGGUUCAUUCACGUCAAGGGUUUGUGUGUCUCAUACAUGUGCAGAUAUGCUACGUACAGCAUUUGCAGUACAAAGAAAUCAAAUGUGUUUACAAAUGAGGGCCGCCUUCAUCUAUAUGAAUAUAGAGAUUUUUUUACUUCGAUCCUGAUUGUGCCGAGGUACCGCGUCACCUAUUUUAAGGUGAAUAGAGUUUCCCGACCGGUUCCAUUUUUAUGUACGUCGGACCACUCUUAUUAACAGUGUUUUGAUUUCCAGUGCUUUUGUCGUAAUCAGAUAACUCUUCAUUUUUAAUACAAAACAUUUUGUAAACGUCACAACUACCUUGCUUCAGAUUUUAGAGAGACGCAUUCUGAAGGCUCUAAACAUUUCAGGAACUUACAUCUUAACUUUUCUCUUUAGACUCCAUAACCUCAUGUUUAUUAUUUUUAUUAGAAGAAAAAAGCUAUCCAUGUGAGACUGUGUCAUUGGAGUUUAAAAGAGGUACGUGUGUCGAACAAACAGGAAAAAGGAAGACAAUUCACCAUUGUUGUAUUUAUUUUGGUUUUGUCAUAAUUUACAUUUUUGCUCUCGAUACAAAGGGGAACGAUUCUCUGGCUUGUAUUUUGUAUCAGCUGGGUAACUUUGGCUUUGUGACUUCAUGUUGAUAGGGUGUUUUAUUCAAAACCUACUGCUUUGGUCAGAAUUGCAAACCUAAUGGAUAUCAGGACAUUCGAGUCUGAAGUAUUUAUGCAGGAACCUGUGACACAGCUAUGCAGGGACAAUCGUCACCAUAAUAAUGUGCUUACGCAGGAUAAUAUAGCAGAAAAUACACUAACAAAGUUUAUUAAAAAAGGCUGAGAGGUGUUGUAGAGGGUCCAGUAGAUAAACAUUAUGCAGUGAUAGAGAUGUUAAAUGUAAAAUCCAUUCCAUAGAAGCACUAACAAAUGCAUCUAUACGCAUUCCUGUUCUUGUUUUACAUGUUUUAUUCCAGAUCUUUUAAAGCUGUUUUAAAGAGGAACACCCUUCAUUUCCUUAUAGUACACCCAAAAUGAAAAUUGUUUCAUCAUUUACUCACCUCCUUUCAUUUGAAACCCGUAGAACCAAACAUGGGUGCCCGUCCACUUCCAUUCCAAAACCACCGAGACGUUUCUCAACAUUCUCAAACAUUCUCAACAAGUUGUUUAAUUUUGGAAGAGCCGUUUUUUAAAACAUUCCCCGGUAUCCUACAAGUUUGACAGUGUUUUCAUGUUGGAUUGCCUGCCUUAGAAGAGAGGACACGUCUUCAAAAAUGUGGUGCUCUAACAUGCGGUUUGAGUCUAUCAUACACUGCUGCUAUUUUCAAUCUUGAAUGUGUAUAGAGAUACUGUACAGUCAUAAAUCAGAGAGUUCUAUUGUAUGCUUACAGUUUAUAAACCAGACAAUACUAUAUCAGAUUUAAAUAUUCAUAUAUAUAUAUAAUGCAGACGGAAAUUGCUGUAAUAAAAACUAUGACAACUUUA